AUGGUGGGACACACACGCGUCCCCAAGAUCGUCCUCCCCGUGUUGUGGUGGGACACGCGUGUCCCCAAGGAGAUCGUCCUCCCCGUGUUAUGGUGGGACACGCGUGUCCCCAAGGAGAUCGUCCUCCCCGUGUUAUGGUGGGACACACACGCGUCCCCAAGAUCGUCCUCCCCUCCAUCUGUGGCGGGUGAGGAGCUUUGCUCCAGGAAAACAGGCGACUUUAAGAGGUUUGGGGGCAACCAGCUCAUCCUCUUCGGGCUCAGCAACCAGAUGGUGGUGACGUUCAAGGAGGAGAACACCAUCGCCUUCAAACACCUCUUCCUGAAGGACUACGUGGACGGCGCGGACGAUUCCUACGCCGUCUACACUCAACGCGACCUCUACGACCGCAUGUUUUACGCCGUGGAGAAGUACUUGGCCAUUCCCAACGAGACCAUCGGCCGCUACGCCUACGUGCGGGGGGAGAGCGGAGGGAACCGGUCGGCCCUCAUGCUGUGCCAGCAAUACUACCGUAAAGGCCGCAUCGAUCCGGCCAACGACACCUUCAACAUCGACCCCAAAAUUGUCACAGACUGCCUGGGAGUGGAUCCCGAGGAGCCGCAGCCUCUGUCCCCAGAGCUGGACCGCAGCUACAAGAACUUCACCCUCAAAUUUCACAAACUCAUCAACGUCACCAUCCAGUUCAAGUUGAAAGCCAUCAACAUCCAAACCAUCAUCAACAACGAGAUCCCCGAUUGCUACACCUUCACCAUCACCAUCACGUUCGACAACAAGGCGCACAGCGGCCGGGUGAAAAUUCACCUCGACAACCGGGCUGACAUCAAGGAGUGCAAAGAUCCCAGCGUCUUCGGCCGAGGCGACAACUCCUUCCGGCUGUUCUUCGACGUCGUCGUCAUCCUCGUCUGCUCGCUCUCCUUCAUCCUCUGCGCUCGCUCCAUCAUCCGGGGCCUGAUGCUGCAGCACGAGUUCAGCCGGUUCUUCCAGCACCGUUACAACCAGAACGUGUGUUUGUCGGACCGCAUGGAGUUCCUCAACGGCUGGUACAUCCUCCUGGUGAUCAGCGACAUCCUCACCGUGCUGGGAACCAUCAUGAAGAUCGGUAUCGAGUCCAAGAACUUCGCCAGCUACGACGUCUGCAGCAUCCUCCUGGGCACCUCCACGCUGCUGGUCUGGGUCGGGGUCAUUCGCUACCUCACCUUUUUCCAGAAGUACAACAUCCUCAUCGUCACGCUACGGGUGGCCCUCCCCAACGUCAUCCGCUUCUGCUGCUGCGUGGCCGUCAUCUACCUGGGCUACUGCUUCUGCGGUUGGAUCGUGCUGGGCCCGUACCACGUCAAGUUCCGAUCUCUUUCCAUGGUAUCCGAGUGCCUCUUCUCCCUCAUCAACGGGGACGAUAUGUUCGUUACCUUCGCCGAGAUGCAACAGAACAGCUACUUGGUGUGGCUCUUCAGCCAGAUCUACCUGUACACCUUCAUCAGCCUCUUCAUCUACAUGGUCCUCAGCCUCUUCAUCGCCCUCAUCACCGGCUCCUACGAAACCAUCAAGCACCAAUGCGAGGGCGAAGCGCCCGUCUCCCAGCUCCACGCCUACAUCGCCCAGUGCAAGGACAGCCCCAAAUCGGGCAAAUACCGUCGCGACAGCGCCUCGUCCUGCUCCAUCUUCUGCUGCUGCGAGCGGGCUCCUCUGCAGGACAACGCGCUGCUGGUGAAUUGA